AUGGCGAUCAAGAAGAGAAACAAAAUUAGAUUGCCAAGCAACCACCCUGAGGAGCUUGAAGAAGACAUCUCUGCUCAGAGGUCAAUACAGCAAAUAAAGCCUGCCGUACCAAGUAGUUUAGAAGAUGAUGAUAGUGAUAUCUGUGCAUUACAACCAAUAAAGCUCAAGAAAGUUCCAAAACGAAAGAUUACCUUUGAUGGCGAGCAGGCAGUAAAAGAAAAUGAUUCGCAGUACAAAGGCCUUUACCGCUCAAAAGAGAACAUGGAUACAUCGAAGGCAAACAAAGAUGAUGAAGUAAUUCUCAAUAUGGAAGACAUGAUGGAAGAAGGUCACAAUUUGUUAAGUUAUCUCCCAGACAGUGGUGGUAGUCUCGAGGGCGUGCACUCUAUUAGCGUACCAACUCGUGAAGAAAUAGUGAAAAUAAAGACAGAAAAAUCUAUAUAUAGGAGGAACCUCGACAAAGGUGACGUUAUAAGGGAAAAGGAUUAUGUAAAAUUGCUGAAUAACGAGGACAAACGCGAAAUCAUGGAGACAAUAAAAUCCAAUGGUGGUUUGAAACAUGCAACUGAAAAAGAGGUUAUGAAUUUUAGUGAUGAUGAAAUGCGAGAUUUUCAGGAUGAAAGGCUUGCCCUGACAGAUAACCAGAUUUCCAUUCAAAAAGAUUUUAAGAGAAAGAUUAUUGAGGAAGCCAUAAGCGAUGCGCCGUACAGAGUCAAUGAAGAAUGGGAAACACAACUUUUAAGCAAGGGAAAUAUGCUUAAACCCAAUGAAGAGACGAUUACACCUUUACCAAUUCUUUUCCCUGGCGUUAAUGAAAACAGAAGCGACAUUGAGGAAAUAAGCGAGAUGGUAUCGAAGAUCCGUUUACAAGGGAGGAAGGUCGAAAUGAGAUUACAAGCUUUGGAAAGGGCGAGAAUGGAUUUGGAGAAUUCAAAGGCAAAUCUAAUAAAUACGCUCAUAGAUAGUUGA